AUGCUCGAGGUCAGCUACGCGAAUUCAUCCGCGCUCUCGACGAAGCAUUACAAGCUCGUCAACGAUCUGGAGCAUGCUCAAUCCGACGAGGUCAGUCAUCUCCUCCUGUCCCUCCCCUUUCAAACCUCAGCUGUAGGCUAUAGAUAGAGAACCGUUUAACUGACCCCCUUCGGCACGUGACCUUGAUUCUUUGAACGCUCGUACGGUCGGACGUGGGGGUUCAUGCGCAGGAGACGCUGAGGAUCGUGGUGAGAUGUUUAAGGGAGAUCAAAGCGAGCUGGAAGAAGGGAUCGAACCUCAAACCUGUACGUCCCCCUCCCGUUCUUCCCCUCGUCGUCGUCGUCGUCAUCGUCGUCGUCCGAUCACGUCACGUGUGGGCGCUUCUCAAACUCCCCCCGGGUUGUCACCUUCAACAGUCGACGAUGACGCACGACCUCCUCCUCGUUCUCUAUUGCUAUGAGACGAUUCAAAGCUUGGAACGAGCGCCAUUGACGGGGGAGGAGAAGGGGUGUUUGGAUUGGGAGGUGUGGUUGAUUGGGGCGGUGCAGUUGGCGGGGAGAGGGGUGGGGACGGCGGAGGAGGAGAGAGGGGUUGGUGAGUUCAGUUUGGCGGUAAGGAAACAGAGGCGAUAUUUGGUUAGGUGCUGAUCAGUUCAUUCUUGGGGGGGAGAUGUAGGGUAUCGCGUUUGUGAUGCGUUGUUCCCUCCAGGACGCGCAAAGGGAAAUGAUGGGACCCCACAUGAUGAUGAUCAAGAUGCUCAGCAUCCUCUCAAGCUCUUGCUCGUCAAUACCAUAAGAGCGGCACGCCUAGCUCGCACCACAUCCACUCUUUGAGAGAAGUUACUUCAAAAUCUGACGCCGCCUCCUCUCACCCCCCACGUGCAGGACCUCUUCACACCCCUUUCCUCCCCGCGAGCCGAAGCGAGUUGGGUCUUGGGUCUUCGAGCGGCUGCUUCGGACCGUAUCGCAGGACCAGAAUUGGUACCUGCGAUCGCGGGGAGGGUCGUUGAAUUAUUGGGAGGUGAGGACGGGAUCAAGUAAGUAAUACAAGACCCCCCCCUUAAGAAGGAAUUUGGUUCACUGAGCAAAACCCUUUCGUUGCCUCGCGCAGUUCUUCGAUUCGUCGAUUGGCCCUCGAAGCGAUACAGAACUUGCUCGAGGUUGGACCGAAUGCACGACUACUCGAAAGGACGAGGAAGAUCAUUCACCAUUCGUUGAUGCAGUUCUCACCUUCGAAGGGGAAUAUAAUGGAAGAGGUCUCGGAGAAAGUCAAAGGUAAACGCCGAGCCGUUCUCGAGACCGAUCACGAACCGGAAAGCGUGGGGUCAAAGAAGACGAUCGGAUCGACGAGGGGCAAAGAACUUGAUCCGAAACUCGUGUUGGCAUUCGUACGAGCGACGAGGAGACGGACUAAAGGCGGUCUGUACCCCAUCUCCGGAGGGGAGCAAGAAGGAGGGGCGAUCAUGGAGGCUUGUUUGGGAAUAUUAGGCAAGGUGGUAGAUCCCCCGUCAGAGGGAGAAGGAGCGGGUUGGGACGACAAGGCUUUCGAAUGUGGGGGGUUGAAGUGCGUUUGGUUGGCUCUAGGGGUCUUGGAGAGGGUUGUGGAGGAACUUAGGGAGGGGGUCGUCGCGGAGGAGAUGAUGGGGAGGAUCACGUGGGAGGUCGUGAAAGUUGCCAAAUGGGCCGAAGGGGGUAGGAAAGGCGUUAGGGAUGGUGAGUGAGAGUCGGUCCAUUGCGAAGCACUUGUGGAAGUCGAUGCUGAUUUCCAACACCUUGCACUCCCUAAAGCACUCUUCCUGACACUCAGCGAACUUUUAUCCCUCCUUCCCCCAUCCAACCUCCCCACCCCGUCGGACCUCGACUCCCUCCUAACGCCCGUCGCACGCUCACUUCAAGCCCCUUCCACGAACUCUCGUCUAUUCGCCCUCCGAGCGCUCUCCCUCCUCCCAACAAGUCUGUGGUCAACUCUCUCGGACGAAUCGAAAGGCUGGGGUCCACAAGCUUGGUCCGCCAUUAUACGUGGAUUGGACGACGCUGAUGCGCAGGUGAGGAAAUCGACUGUGAGGGUGUUGGGGAAAGUUGAGGGGGAUUUGGUAGGGAUGUAUUGGGUUCGGGUCGUGGAGGGCGUUAGAGGGGCUGCUGCGGGAGAGGAUGGAAAGGCGGUUGGGCUAGGUGUCGAGAGGUUGAUGGAGGUGGUUGAAGUGACCAAGAAGGGUGGGGAGGAAUGGGCAGGGGCGAUUAUGGAACUUGUUCGACUGGUUUCGGGGUUGGGGGGAGUGAAUGGGCCGAUGGGGGAGAUCGUCCUCCCUACGAUCGAGAGGUUCACGUAUACUUCGGACAAGAGGACGAGACAUGAGAUCGCCAAAGCACUGUUGGAGGGGCAAGAGGUUUGGUCUGGCCAGAUUACGCUGGCGUUGAUCCUCGCUGCCGUUGUUCAUGCACUUGCUUCACCAUCGUCAUCAGAGGAAGGGGACGAAGAUCGAGCGAUCAUGGACGCGUCAAAGAAGAUGCUCGCUCUCCUAGACCAAGACCUCCCCCUCGCUUUAGAACUUCAAGAACCUUUCCUCGUCGCCCUUUUGCGCCUCUCUGGGUCCAUCGUCGACCGUCAAGUCAUGAAGGAGCUUCAUUCGUUGGUUCAAGGGUGCGGAGAGCGAAGGGCGACGUUCGCAACGAGACCUCUGUUCGAGACGCUUGAAAUGGGCUUGCAAGAAGGAUCGGUAGAAAGGGGGGUGGUGAGGAGGAUGAGUGGGAGUAAGAGGUAUGAGGGAUUGACGUUGCCUGCUUGGGAGGGGGUUUUCAGGGGGUUGGUGAGGAAGGCUCGGAGGGAGGAAGGGAGGGGCGAAGAACGAUUUUCGACUUCCUCGCCUGCACGGACGAACGCGACCCAGGCUGGUAGUACACCCCUCAAAUAUGACCCUUACACCACCUCCAGCGCAAACUCACAUCCCUCGACCCACACCCUAAACCUUUCCGAAUCCUCAACGACCACCUCUCUCGCCGAGCAAAUCGGCAUUUCUCCUCGCGCCUUGGCCAGGGAACGCCAAGAUCUUCUCCGUGAUCGUGUUGAACGAGGUGGCAAGGGAGGAAUGGGGGAAAGUCUGAUGUUUGACGUGUAA